AUGCCUAACAUCCCUGCUAGUCUGCUAAACGAUGUUCUGGGGCGACCCUCUCCGUGGUGGCUGUCUAGACUUUCUGCAGAGGCUAGAGGGGCACUAAGCGGCGUCGAAUUGCUGGCGACGACAGCACAGAAGAUUCAACUAGGCAGACAAAUCUAUGGGGACGGCAGAAGCGCGACGGAAUCUUUCUGUCUCCGCGACGCGCAUGGUGGCUUCGACAUGCGGAUCGCGGAAGCUCAGGUCAUUUUGACGCAUGGGAGGCGACUGAGGCAAUUUUCUCUGAACCGCGGCGAUGUUCCGCUGCACGUUGAUCUCUCCGACUUUCUCUCGUGCAGCGGGUCGUCUGUGACGCAGGUAGCAGAGGAAGCAGAGAGCCUCGCCGAGCGCACGAGGAGGAACUCCUACGCCUCCCCAUUCUGGUUUACGAAAGAGCAAUUGGAGGGCCAUUUUUGGAAUUCCUGUACUCAGCACACCACGCGUUGUGCCCCCAAGAGCCGGAAGCGUGUAUGCGAGGUGUAUGAAAACCCUAACAUGUUUGUAGAACUGGGUUGUGGCGCAGGGAAGACAGCACCGUAUGCCAAUCUGGACGAGUUUCGAAGUCAGCCAAAUGCCGAACUCUCCCUAUUUUCGUGCAUUUCUUUUCUUCGAAUCUUUUCGCCGAUUAGCGUGAAAACUCAACGCGCCUUUGACGCAUGUGUAGAGUGGCGCCUGCGAGUGGAGUGUCAGCAAAGUGGGUGCUGGUGCAGCGUAUGGGGGAGUGCAGAGGACUACGCGAGCUGCGGGUUUUCCAUCCUGGACGGUGCCAUCGGCGUCGACAUGUUCGAUGCUCUUGGAAAUCCUCUCUUUCUCGUCAACGCCCUGUGCACCACUGCACCUCUUGCUGUUUAUGCCAGUUGCUACCCCAGUGAUAGCAUUAUUAACAGCGAUGUUGAUUGA